GCGCGCACCGGGGCUCUCGGCCGGGACCGCCUCGCAGCGCCGCCCCGCGCGGAGCGACUUUCCCGCCGCGGCGCCCACCUUGCUGCAGGUCGCGGGCGUCGUACCAGGGCUCGUCCUCCUUCAUGUCAAACUCCUCCGCCAGGCUCCCCGCCAGCAUCGCUGCCGCCCAACGCCCCGCAGCCGGCGGCCCCGACCGGCUCCGCUCGCCGCGGCUCUGCCCAACGUGGCACUUCUGCAAAGCCCUCCCGGCCGAGGACGCGGUCCAAACCUUGGCGACGCCUUGACCAACCCCGAGCGGGCCCCGGGGAAGAGACGCUCCUCUGCGUGGAAAAUGACAGUUUUUCAUAUCAAAUCCACUGCUUGGGCAUACGCUGCAAUAACGUUCGGGACUGGAAUGCUAACUUCUGUCUUCAGCUUCUACUAUGUGAAGCUGUUUCUGCGCUUAUACAAGAUUUCGGAAGCAGCCUUCUAUCAAGCCCAGAUAAUUUUAAUGAUUUGGAAUGUCCUAAGUGACCUGACUGGGUACUUUUGCGUCAACUUCAAGGCUGACUGCCGUGUGGGUCGUUUUCUUUCCAUCAAGUAUGGGUGCCUUCUAUAUGUAGCAGCCUUCCUGCUCCCUUGGUUCCCUUGGAGACACUAUCGAGAAGGAGACUGGCUUAGCAGGCUUCACCUGGUGGCGUCACUGUGCGCUUUUGACAGCACGCUCACCUAUGUGCAACGAGCCCACUGCAGACUAUUUGUGGAGACUUUCACGGGACAGGAACGCAGGCUUCACCUGAUUAAAACGAACCAAGUGGCAUCAGCAGUAGGAUCGACCAGUGUCCUUUUCUGCGGCCUCGUCUCUAACAACCUGGAAAUUCUGUGCAAUUUUCAGGCCGCUGCUAUUUUCGUUGCCCUUCUUGCAGCUGCCAGCCUUUACACUGGCAUGGACCACGUGAAACAUUUGGAGCUUAAAAGAAGUCCCCAGGAGAACUUCCUCUUGGAAAGCGAGCAGGAUGAUGCCUGGGCCUCUGUCUUCUUACUGACGAGACAAAUCUUUUUCCAGAAAAACUUUUACCUUUUCUUAAUAAUGAAUUUCUUCCAAGUUUUCCAUUUAACCUUCUUGAGCAACUUCAUGAUGAUCUUUGCAGAUAUGCUCAUUCCCAGGGAUGUUCUUUCUUCUUCCACGAGAAGCGUCAUGUAUGGGGCAUGCUUUACUUGCUCACAGUGCCUGGUACUUAUCAUUUGGCCCUGGCUGAAGAAAUUUGGCUACUAUAAGAUUAUCUUAAUUUCUUUCUAUUUAGAAGGAGCGGCUUCAGCGGUCAUGCUAUUUCUGGGACAGGAAUACUAUUACUGCUUGGCCCUUUAUCUCACUGGUAUCAUGACAAUUGUGCAAGCUGCCUCUUGUCUAUUUAAUCUGCCCCUGGUGGAUAUGGUCGAUGCAGAUGUACUGAAGUUCAAUAGAAAGUCACCCGUUUCUUCGGUAGUUUUUGGAUUCAAUGCUUUGUUUACCAAACCUGCUCAGUCGUUAGCUCCGGUGCUGAUACUGACCAAGCUAGACCAGUAUGACUAUGGAAACCCCAACAGCAGUUCACUGUUAGACCUUCAAGAUUUUACGUUCUGUUUGAUUUGCCUGCUCCCGCUGGGCAUUGCAGUAAUUCAGAUUCUGGUUUGGAGAGCGUUCUCAGUCAGGAGCAAGAGAGACCAGAUGGAAGCUCUUUAAAGGAAGAGCCAGGUGCUGUGGGAUUCAAACACAACUGCAGGUGCUUGUGAGCUCUUACACAGUUUACCUUGUACCCAAAGGCGAAGCUGAGCUUUAUACCUUCUAAUUUGUUUAGAAAGCAAAGCAAAUAAAACAAAAAGUCCAACAGUU